CAGCCGACAUGAGCGAAAUCAGCUCGAAACGCUUGUUCAGCGUCGAUGGCAUGGUCGUCUGCAUUACAGGUGGUGGCACAGGUGCAUAUCGUUGUCAAUUCCCCGAGGGAGCCGCUGCUAACUAUGGUCUUUGAAAGGCAUUGGAAAGAUGAUGACGAAAGCGUUUGCCGAGAACGGAGCUCACAAAGUCUACAUCAUCGGACGACGCAGGGAGAAACUCGACGAGACCGUCAAACUGAACCCCAGUGUAAUCGUGCCAAUCGUCGGCGACGUUACGUCCAAAGAGUCACUCUGUGAAGUCGCCGAACAAAUCGAGAAGGAUGUAGGCUACAUCAACCUCCUCUGCUGCAACAGCGGCACCAUGCCACCUCCCCUCGGCGCCGAUUCCUCUAAGAUGUCGAUCCAAGACUAUCGCAAGAAGUGCCUCGAGUCCAAGACCGAAGACUGGAAUCAAACGUACGCCACCAACAGUGCCUCUAUCUUCUUCACCACGAUGGCCUUUCUCGAGCUUCUGGACGCAGGGAACAAGAAGGGAAACUGCCCGGGCCGCAACAGCCAGGUCCUUGUCACAACAUCGAUUGCGGGCUUCCUCCGCCAGCCACAGACACUGAGUGCUUAUGGCAGUAGUAAAGCUGCGGCCACGCAUUUAAUUAAGCACCUUGGCUCGGCACUCAUUCCGUACUCGAUCAGGGUCAAUGGACUAGCGCCGGGACUCUUCCCGUCUGACCUCGCUGCGGGUUUGAUCAAGAACCUCUCCUCAGAGCAUGAUGCGACAGAGAAGGGUGCGGUGUCGAAAUCGUUCAUCCCGGAAGAGCGACUUGGGAAGCCGGAAGAUGUAGCUGGGACGGUGCUGUACCUUGCGUCGCCGGCUGCCGCUUAUAUGCACGGUAACAUUACGGUCCUUGACGGUGGGCGAGUCAACAUGCUGCCAGGUAGCUAUUGAGUGGUUGUGGGCAAGUCCGUGUAGACGUUAGAGUAGAGCGUGCUUUCAGCCGCCUUCGUGCAUGCUCGCUGAGCUCCAAAACUCUUUCUCCUCUGCUUGCUCGUCAACCCACACCAAGCUGUCAGCGACCAAGUCAUCAAUGAUAGCGAUAGCCCGUGCUUUCUCCCAGCUGAGGUUGGCUUGAAGCAUAGACACGGUCACGUAGCCUAGCACCUGAAUGACUUCCAGCACUUUGCUCUGGUCUGGAUUAAGCUCCUUGGGCACACUGCGAAUGAAAUUGCUAC